AUGGAUGAAGAUAUAAAUAAAGAUACUAAUAAUAAUAAUAAUACAACAGAUAGUAAUAAUAAUAAUAAUAAUAUUAAUGAAGAUGAAAUAAUAUUUAAUAAUUAUAUUAAUAAUUAUAGUAAUUAUUUAAAUAAUAAUGGAAUUAGCGCAUUGGAUUUAUUGAUACAAGGUAGAGAUGGUAAUAAUAAUAUUAUUACAUUUUGUAGUGAGAUAGAUCAAAUGUUAAAUGGUGGUACACCUUUAAAAAAGAUUACAGAAAUUUGUGGUGUACCUGGUAUUGGUAAAACUAAUAUGGCAUUUCAAUUAUUAGUAAAUACAUCUAUUCCAUUUGAUUUAGGAGGUGUUCAAGGUAAAGCAAUUUAUAUAGAUACUGAAGGUAGUUAUUCAUGUCAACGUGUACGUGAAAUGGCGACUCAUUUAGUGAAUCAUUUAGAAUGUGUACUAUUAAAAAACCCAAUGACCCAAACAACAUAUAUACCAACCGUUGAAACUGUUUUAAAUAGUAUCUAUUACUAUAGAGUUUAUCAUUAUAUUGAAAUCAUUUCAUUAAUUCAUCAAUUACCAUUAUUCUUAGAAAAAAAUAAAGAUGUUAAAUUAAUUGUAGUUGAUAGUAUAACAUAUCCUUUUAGAUGUGAUUUUAAAGAUAUGGGUUUAAGAACAAGAAGCUUAUUGAGUUUAGCACAAAAUUUAAUGAAUAUAGCAACUAGAUACAAUUUAGCAGUGGUUGUAAUGAAUCAAGUUACAACAAAGAUAUCACCCAAUCAAAAGGAGUCAAUAUUGGUUCCUUACUUGGGUGAGAGUUGGACACAUAUUUGUACAUAUAGAAUGGUUUUAUUUUGGAAACAAAAACAAAGAUUUUGUCAUCUUUAUAAGUCACCAUCAUUUAAAUCUUGUUUUACCCCUUUUGAUAUAGUUGAAUAUGGUAUUCGUGAUGUUGGUUUCAAUCAUCCACCUCCUUUAAAUCCUGAAGAUCAAGAACAAGAAAAAGAAAAGGAAAAAAGAAAAAAGAAAAAUAAUAAUAAUAAUAAUAAUAAUAAUAAUAAUAAUAAUAAUAAUAAUAAUAAUAAUAAUAAUAAUAAUAAUAAUAAUAAUAAUAAUAAUAAUAAUAAAAAUAAUGAUGAAAAUGAAAUGUAUAUAGAAAAUUAA